AUGUUCGGCAACUUGGAGCACGCUACCCUGCGAUACAUCGCCUUCGCCAACCACUUGAUGAUUCUCAUCUCUUCAACCAUCGUCACUGGUCUUGUCUCUUGGUUCCUCCACAAGUAUGACUACCGCGGUGUUAACAUCGUCUACCAGGAAGUCAUCGCCACUAUCACUUUGGGCUUCUGGCUCGUUGGUGCCAUCUUGCCUCUCAUUGGCAGAUACCGUGGAUACUUGGCUCCCAUGAACCUGGUCUUCUCCUACCUCUGGCUCACUUCCUUCAUCUUCUCCUCUCAGGACUGGAGCAGCGGCAAGUGCGGCUUCGGCAAGCCUGGUGAGGGCCACUGCUCCCGCAAGAAGGCCAUUGACGCCUUCAACUUCAUCGGAUUCUUCUUCCUUCUGUGCAACACUAUUGUUGAGGGCAUCCUUCUCCGUGCCGAGUAUGCUACUCCCGCUGCUGCUCCCCACAACAAGGAGAUCUCUGCUGGCCGCCCCUCUGACAACUCUGUCUAA